AUGUGGACCUUUAUAGCCCUCAGCACAGCCUUUGUGGGCGCCCGACUGUUUACGAGGCUGCAGUUGCUGAACACGAUCGGGCUGGAUGAUUAUAUCAUGGCAUUUUCACUGGUCAUUGGUAUUGUCUUCACAAGCCUUGUCACUGCCUCUGCGGCUGCAGGAACUGGCGAGCAUGCCUCCGACCUGACGACCGAGCAGCUCUCGCGAGCGCUGCUGUUCAGCGCGGCGUCCUUUCCGCCCGCGCUUCUGUCGUUUACGGUGCCCAAGCUUGGUGUGGUGGCUCUCUUGACGCGAGUCAUGAAUCCGGGGCCUCGAAUGAAAGCAUUUCUAUGGAUAUUUGUGGGGGGCAGCACUAUCUUCAUUUUUGGUUGUGUGAUCAUCAUGUUCGCUCAGUGCCGACCCACGAGGGCGCUGUGGACGCCCACGCUCACCGGGGCGACGUGUUGGAGCCCGGCAGUGCUAGAAGAUUAUUCUUUCGCUAGUGGUGGUAUGUGCAGCCGAUGGAAACAGCAUGGGGUUCGGAAGAUUGACGUGACUAGCGCUAUCGGCAUUUGUCGAUCUGUUUCUCGCUGUGUAUCCGGCGACGGUAGUAUGGAGGCUGAAUAUGAGUCUCAGGAAGAAGAUUGGCCUGACGUUUACGUUGGGCCUGGGCGUCUUCACAGCGCCUGCGCAGUGUCUAUCUACAAGUCGACCCGUCUGACGGGGCUGGCUGAUAGGAACGAUUUCACCUACAGCACGGUGGACGUAUUUCUAUGGACGAAUAUCGAAGCCAACACCAUCAUCAUCGCCGCCUGCGUGCCGACGAUGACGCCGCUGAUCGAGCUGAUCUUGGGGAGGAAGAUUUUCAGCACUCGGUCAGCCCGGCAAAGUUCUGCAUAUGUGCAAAGCUCGAGCCUGGUGAAGGGCAAGAGUGGCAGUCAGCCAGGGAGCCGGGGCCACCGGAGCCGUGGCAGCAACCAGUGGGCAUCGAUGGCGACGGUCCAGAUCGAAAACGGCAUCGCGGGGGAUGAUCUCGAGAGCCAGAAGAGCAUUCUGGGCAGAAGGGAGGACGACAUCCCGCUGGACCGGAUCGCGCGGACAGACCAUGUCAUUAUCGAGAUGAUACCCUUGUUGAGUUUGUAUCGAGUGAAACGAACGAUGGAGCUGGAUCUCAUCUGUCUAUUGCAUGUCGACAAUACAGAUAUCCUCCCUAUCUUACGAACAGGAUAUAUUUUAUUCCGUACUGUAAGACCAUUUGAGUCCAAUCAUCAUGCCCCAGUAGGUGCUAAGUAUCAACCUCAUGGCACGCUCUUCUAG